GAUUUCAUGCAUAUUUCAGCUGGAAAGAAGUCACAUUUAAGUUUGUUGAAAGAAAAGAAAAAUAACCUCACUACUUUCUAUUAAAGUCGCUAUUUGAUAUGCUUUUUAGUUACAUGAAAUAUCACUCAACUUUCCUCAAACAAGAUAGAAGAAACAGUAUCAAGAUCAAUUAUUGCGGCAAUUAAUCCAAUUAAAAAUAUUGAAAAAGCAGGUGAAUGAAAAUGAAAGCAAACAGUAAAGCACUUUUAGAGCAAUUUCAUGAUUAAACAAUCACCAUAAACAAAUCAUCAAAUCCAAAAGCAUUAUUACCUGCUCAUCAUAAUUUCAGGGCUUAAUCACCCAACUUUCUGCUCAUUUUAACCCUCUUUUUAAAAUAAUAAAAUAUCUCAAAUUUCAAAAACCCAUAAAUUUUCCAAAGAAUAAGUUUACCCUCAAUUAAAAUCUUAGGUCUUUGCAUUCACAAUGGUAGAAUUGGACAUACAACUUGUUAUUACUCGUCAAGAUCUCACAAUAUAAAUAUCAACAAAUCCAUUCUUCUUUGGUUUGUGUAUAACAAACAUCAUAAGAUCAAAAAGAGAAAUGGGAGCUCUUGAUUAUCUCUCAAACUUUUGCACUGUCACCACAACAAGAGGCAAAAGGAAACCUAUGCAGAGAGUUGAGAUCAAAGUAAAACUGGACUGUGAUGGAUGUGAGAGAAGAGUCAAGAAUGCUGUGAAAAACAUGAAAGGUGCUCAAGAGAGUGAAGAGAACCGGAAAAGAGCUGAAUUGUGGCCUUAUGUGCCUCACAAUCUUGUUCAGUAUCCCUACGCGCCUCAGGCCUACAACAAAAGGGCCCCAUCCGGCUUUGUCAGAAACGUCGCUCAGGCCGUUCCAGCAGCGCCUCAUGAAGAAGGGAUCACGCAUCUCUUCAGCGACGAUAACCCCCACGCUUGUUCUAUUAUGUGAAAAAUUUAAUAUUACUACUAUAUGUCUUGUUUCAUUUUAAUUUUCAGAUUAUGUAGUGAGAUGAGAGAAUAGAAUAUGUAGCAUCCGCCAUGCUAACCUUCCAAUUGGAUAUUGCAAAUCUUCUAUUCCUGAAAUGCAACAGUUGGAAAAAAUGUAAUCACAAAAUGAAAUUAUAAUAUAUUUGGAAAUAAA